AUGAAUAUAUUGAUAGUCAUAUUUCUAGGCAAAGCAUUUAGUUCUGUUGCUUUUAUUCAAAAUCUUGAUAUUGUUUUUGGUACAAUUACUUGUAUUCAAAUUUAUCGGGUAUCGAUUAGCUUUUUUGCUGGUCUUGUGUAUAUCUUUGGGUUUACGACAAGAUUAAUUGCAUUAAUACUUAUUCUUCAUACACCGCAAUUAGAAAUACGAAUGCUGAUUGAUAUUGUUGAAAAUCCUCUUGUAGAUGUUCAAUUGAGUACUGAUGAUGAAUUAAUUCGUGCAUAA